AUGGACGUCCCAUUCAUCUCGUCCGGCGCGCUCAACACCAUACAUUAUGCACUUGUGCGGAAUGUUGAGGAGGCAGCAAGUCUACAAGAAGCCGACACGUAUUUGAUAACGGAAGUGGACUCCAUACGAGAGCGGUUGGCGCAUCCUGGAUUGACAACGAAACAAUGCAAAGAGUACCUCGUACUUCUCCUCUAUUGUUCCACGACCGUCUCUUCCACCCUUCUCGCUCAGCAGCUCGAAUUCGCGCUUCCACAUGCUGUCAACCUCGCCGCUGCGGGCUCGUCGAUACAUGAACGCAGGAUAGGAUAUUUGUUCUGCGCUGAGCUCAUGCCUUCAGACCAUGAACUCCAGUUGAUGCUGGUCAACACACUACGCAAGGAUCUUGAGAGCCCCCAAGUCCCUACGAUAUGCCUAGCGUUGGACCAUAUCAUACAGUGCCCGUCGUUCGACGUCAUUCCAGCAAUAUCAGCACGUCUACAUGCUCUGUUGUCACACAACUCCUUUCACAUUCGCCGUCGUACCCUGCUCUGCGUUAACGCUCUAUCCGCAUACGAUCCUUCCGUUCUCAACUGGUUAUCUCGCGAAAUUCCCAAGAGGCUCAAAGAUUCUGAAGGCCCGGUCGUCGGGGCAGCGUUGAGGGUCUGUCCCGCGUUGCACCAGCAUGGUCUCCUGCACGAUGCCGAGCUUAAGGGGUCCAUCAAGAUUCUGCAACGCGCAGCUCGAUCAGUAGCUGUGUCUGCUGUGGCGAGACAGUUGACCAAGGGGGUCCUAACGUUGCAUGCAUCUACGAAGAGCCCUGCGAAGGAAGUAAUCGAGGUCGCGUUGGGGCUCAUUCAAAGGAUGGCUUCGAAGGGGAUCUUUUCCUCUGGCAUUCUUCUCCAGUCAUUCCACCUCCUUCACGCCACACCAGUGGCCCUCCUCGCCUCCAUUCUUUCUCCACCCCAAACUCCAACAUCUAACUCGAAGCCCAUUCACCCAAUUUCCCAAAUACGCCUCCUCCUGGCCUCGCCAGAUCCAAAUGAUCAGUAUAUACUCCUCGCGUGUCUUGAGUGCUUAGAUCCUGUCUUGUGGGCUGGUAUCGGGAGUCCAGAGGCGGUUGGUGGUGAUGCAAGUAGUGGUUAUGGCCAUGUGGCUGGUGACACUGGCGCAGAGACGGAGUUGCUUGCUGGGGUGGAACCAGAUCCUCUGGCAGAAGACACGAAGGAGAAGGACGCCGCUGACGACGCAGUAGCGAACUUGGCGGGCCUCACUGCCGGGGGAAAUGCAGAUGAAGGGAAGGACGGGCCCACCGCCAUACCAAGCGUAUUGGAGCCGCUGGAGGUAGAGCGUAUGAUGGGAUUUCUGGAGGGUGUGGACGAAGGAGUCAGGAAGAAGACACUCCGAAUCCUCAACUCCAUCGACUCGUCCAUCCUCACCGCCUACCUCUCUCAAGCGACCUCUUUUCUCACCUCCACUAGAGAAUCUUCGCCCGCACCCUCCGAAUUGGCACCAUCCGACGCGGGAUCGCGUUCCCGUGGACCAUCCAGGCCGUCACUGGCAGACGUUGACGGAGCGACGCUUCGAAUCCUCGAUGUCGUGGAGGUCGUGGCAGGCGAAGAGGGAGAGGCGUAUGCCGGGUUGGUCAGUGAAGUUUUGAAUGCGAAUGGCGCGGGAGGAAGAGGUGGCGUGUUGCAGAGAUCAGUGGAGAAGGUGUUGACGAAGAUUCGGGAUGGCGACGAGAUGUUCGGUCUGAGCGUCGCCACCACCAUCCUUUCGCCACUCUCUGAGUCAGCUGACCCAAUACUCCCUUCAUCCGACGAUGAAAUCGCAGUACCGAGUGAACCCAUAUCGACACCGAGCCCAAGUAUAAUGGUCAUCGUCGCAGCACUUGCAUGCGAAUAUGCCGGAAGGAUCGCGAUUCCUCCUAAAGCUCUCCUUGAAGGCAUCGCGACCCGCAUGAAGGCAUAUAGUGCCUCGGUUCAAGAAGCAUGCGUCUUUGCCAUGUUGCGGCUCGUCGCGGAAUUGGAUGGUGACGAUGGGGAUGCAGGUGUACCGAAGGGUGUGGUAGAGAGGGUGAAGGAAAUGCGGAUGGGUACGGGAAGAUAUAUGUUUAGGAGAUACGACCAGUUUCUGAAAUUGAGCACGCAGAGAGAUACCCUGCGACAACUUGUAUCGAGUGCGAAAUCACAUUCCCUCCCCGAUUUUCUUCUCUCCGUAGAAUUUUACCUCCACAACCCUUCCUCCAUGAGCACGUCAUCAUUCAAGCACACCUCUUCAAAACCAGCCCACUCAUCACAACCUUCUCGUUCCACUUCAAGCCCUACCCACAACCCCAACCCACCCAGUCCAUCGGUAGGGUCCCUCAGCCCCACUAUGGCGGCUAGUAAACUUCGUUAUGCAGCUUACGACCCUCCGCCGGAUCCACGUCUGGGGCUAUCGAGAAGAGGGAUGACAAGAGAGGCGAAGUCGGACGAUGGAAGGGCGGACAGUCAUAUGAGUGGGAGGCGUGGAUUCAGUGCUGAUCAGCAGGGUGUUAUGACUGCGGGGGAGUUGGCCACUAUGGGGGGAAGUGUGGAGUUGACGAGGAUAGGAGGAACAGACCGGUCGGGCCACACCAAAAGUGCCACAAGGCAGCAGGAGACUCAUGCUUCACCGAGGAACGUUCAGCCGGUUGACCUGUUGGGUUCGCGUGCCGACCUCAUUUCCCUUGACUCGCCAUUUUUGACUGAUCCGCCGCACGAUGCACAAAGCGCCGCGAGCACGUCAACGUCAAACCCGAACCCAUUCCAACGAUCUACCUCCUCGUUCGCCUCCCUGGACGACUCCGAGUCCGACGCAAACGCAGCGAAAGGGUUCGAAUAUUCCUGGAACGAGCUUGAGAAGUUCUCGGCAAGAGGGUGGUGUGAAGUUCCGGUGGAUGGAAUCGUCCGCCGACUACAGGGAUUGAAACUUGACUAUCGUAUCUCAGUUCUAGCUGCUGAUCAGCUACCCUUCGAAGGCGAACUAAAAGUCCUCCUUUCGCGUGUGUUGAUGGAUGAGAAUUUGGGAAAGGGCCGCGGAGCACUGAGGCUGAGGGAGAGCGAGGAGGAGAGCUGUCUGUGGAGGUUGAGAUCGGACGACGAGCUGCUAUUGAGGGAUGUGAAAAAGGCGUUGAGUGAUGAAUGA